GUCAUGAGAAUUGUUCGACUUGUAGUUAGUUAUCGCAGCAGAGGUUUCAUCCACAAAAGACGGAGUUCCGAAAGCCAAAAUUUGAUUCGAAUAUACAACUCUCUGACUCAGACAGUGGAGCCAUUCGAUCCCCCUGCCCCCUUGAUCACGUGGUACACCUGUGGACCCACAGUGUACGAUGACAUCCACAUUGGACAUGCCAGUUGCUACAUACAACAGGACUGCAUUCGGAGAGUGUUAGAGAAGUAUCAACCCAAACCAGUAGUCUAUGCAAUGGGCGUGACAGACGUAGAUGAUAAAAUCAUAAAAAAGGCAAAAGAUUCUGGAAAGAGAGAGACGGAAGUAGCAGCCAAGUACGAGUUGCAAUUUUUCAACGCUCUCGAGAAGCUGAAUGUCAGGAGGCCAGAUGUGAUUUUGCGAGUGUCGGACUACAUACCAAAAAUAAUCGACUUCAUUCAGUCCCUAAUAGAGAAAAAGUAUGCUUACGUCACUCCAAGUGGAAACGUGUUCUUUGACUCUCAGUCCUUUCCUAAAGAGGGAAAAUUUGAUCCUGUUGUGCUGAGUAAACAAAGUGAGCAACGGGAGGAGAUAAUGCAAAGAAGUCCGACAAAAUUUCACCCAGAAAAGAAAAACAGAGCAGAUUUUGCGUUGUGGAAAUCUCGCAUUUCAGACGAAGUAUCCUGGCCGUGUCCUUGGGGAGAGGGGAGACCCGGCUGGCACAUCGAGUGUUCCUCCUUCUGUGACGUCAUUUCGGGGGGUAUGCCCCACCUGACUAUCCACUCGGGUGGGGUUGAUCUGAAGUUCCCCCAUCAUAAUAACGAAAUAUGUCAGAGCGAGGCCUUCUACGAAACAGACAGUUGGGUGAAAGUUUUCAUGCACAUUGGAGCCAUGGUCGAUAGUGAAACGGGCUUGAAGAUGUCGAAAUCAUUGCAGAAUUUCAUCUCAGUCGACGAUUUUUUGGACAGUCACGGAACAUCGGACGAAUUGCGGGUGACAUGUCUGCGAAGAAGUUAUCGAUCAACUUUGCCUUACAGUAAAGAUGACUUGAAUCUUUCUCGUCACUUUUUAAUACGAGUAGCUGAGACACUGGAUUUCUGUGACCAGCAAAUGAAGAGCUGCACUGGCUGUGGCGAUGGAGUUGAAUCAAAUCUGGACUUCAUCGAAAAGAGUUCAUGGAAGUUUGGCCGAGCUAUUUGCGAUGACUUUGAUUUUCCGUCUGGUUUGGAGGUCAUUUCGUCUUUCUGUGACAGCAUACGUGGGAGGAACCUUCAGAUGACAGAUGCGGUCUUGGCAAAACAGUUUCUCAUCUCUACCCUGAACCUAAUGGGGAUCGAAAUGAGCUCAGAAGUUGAACAGUCAGCCAGCGAGCGAGCGUUACUUGAAGAGCUAACUCGUUUCAGAAACGUUGUCAGAGAGUUUUCACUUGGAAAGACUAAUCGAGAUGGAAGAAAACUUUCGAAAUCCGAAAUGAAACAACUCGCUGCUGAAAACGAACCUUUAUUAGCCGAGUGUGAUAAUGUUCGUUCUUUUAUAAACGAUCUGUCAUUGAAAAAUAUGAAUGAUAGCGAUUAAUAAAUCUUUAAAUAUC